UCUCAAGAUGGCGACCUCUCUGGGUUCCAACACCUACAACAGGCAGAACUGGGAGGAUGCGGACUUCCCCAUUCUGUGCCAGACGUGUCUUGGAGAAAACCCAUAUAUCCGAAUGACCAAAGAAAAGUAUGGGAAGGAAUGUAAAAUCUGUGCCAGGCCAUUCACAGUGUUUCGCUGGUGCCCCGGGGUCCGCAUGCGUUUCAAGAAAACUGAAGUGUGCCAAACCUGCAGUAAAUUGAAGAAUGUCUGUCAGACCUGCCUCUUGGACCUGGAGUACGGCCUGCCCAUCCAGGUUCGUGAUGCAGGAUUGUCUUUUAAAGAUGAUAUGCCAAAGUCAGAUGUCAACAAAGAGUACUACACACAGAAUAUGGAGAGAGAAGUUUCUAACUCUGAUGGGACGCGGCCAGUUGGCAUGUUGGGGAAAGCCACAUCCACCAGUGACAUGUUGCUCAAGCUGGCCCGGACCACACCCUACUACAAGAGGAACCGACCCCACAUCUGCUCCUUCUGGGUAAAAGGAGAAUGUAAGAGAGGAGAGGAGUGUCCAUACAGGCAAGAGAAGCCAACAGAUCCAGAUGACCCCCUUGCUGAUCAGAACAUCAAAGACCGAUAUUAUGGUAUCAAUGACCCUGUGGCAGAUAAACUUCUAAAGCGGGCUUCAACAAUGCCUCGUCUGGACCCACCAGAGGAUAAGACUAUCACCACACUGUAUGUUGGUGGCCUGGGCGAUACCAUUACUGAGACUGAU